UAACAGUAGCACCAGAGGCGGCAGCGGCUGCGUUGUGGCUCUGGGUCCGGCCUCCUCGCCAGUCCGGCGGGGAGGGAGCCAAACCCCGGCCCCGAUGGGGGAGUAGGAUGAGCGAGGAUGAGGCGGCGCGGGAGCGGCGGCAACAAGAUGGAGCUGAAUGAAGACAAUUUGCUGACUAAUGAGCCAGAGUGGCUCCUGAACUGUGUCUGUUACACACCUGAACUAUGAAUUUAGUCCUUGGUUUUGGGCUGUAAGACUAAUUUGGAGUAACUUCAGAGCUGGUCAAACAGCCAUGGCAUACUUUACUCCAUGGAAGUUGUCGUCUCAGAAACUUGGCUUCUUUCUAGUGACUUUUGGAUUCAUUUGGGGAAUGAUGCUAUUGCAUUUUACUAUCCAACAGAAGACUCAGCAUGAAAGUAGUUCAGUACUCCGUGAACAAAUACUGGACCUCAGCAAAAGGUAUAUAAAAGCAUUGGCUGAAGAGAAUAGAAAUGUGGUGGAUGGACCAUACGUUGGGACUAUGACUGCAUAUGAUCUGAAGAAAACACUUGCUGUUCUACUGGAUAAUAUCUUGCAGCGUAUUGGGAAACUGGAGUCCAAAGUGGAGAACCUUGUAAUCAAUGGCAGUGCUGCAAACUCUACAAACAGUAGCACCACUGCUGUUCCCAGUUCAGGAACUGCUGAAAAGAUCAAUGUGGCAGAUCUCAUUAACGGAGCACAGGAACAGUGUGAAUUGCCUCCUAUGGAUGGCUUCCCCCACUGUGAGGGCAAAAUAAAAUGGAUGAAAGAUAUGUGGCGAUCUGAUCCCUGUUACGCAAGUUAUGGCGUGGAUGGGUCCACAUGCUCCUUCUUUAUUUACCUCAGUGAGGUUGAAAACUGGUGUCCUCGUUUACCCUGGAGAGCAAAAAAUCCUAAUGAAGAAAUGGAUCAAAAGGCAAUGGCUGAAAUUCGAACAAAUUUUGAUUUGCUCUACAAAAUGAUGUCCAGACAUGAAGAAUUUAGGUGGAUGAUGCUGAGAAUAAGAAGAAUGGCUGAUACUUGGAUAGAAGCAAUUAAAUCACUUGCUGAAAAACAAAACCUGGAGAAGAGAAAACGAAAAAAAGUCCUUGUUCAUCUGGGACUCCUGACAAAAGAAUCUGGAUUCAAGAUAGCAGAGAAUGCCUUUAGUGGGGGCCCGCUUGGUGAAUUAGUCCAGUGGAGUGAUUUAAUUACAUCUCUCUAUUUACUGGGCCAUGACAUUAGGAUUUCAGCUUCACUGGCAGAGUUGAAGGAGAUUAUGAAGAAGGUUGUUGGUAACCGAUCAGGCUGCCCAACACAAGGAGAUAAAGUUGUAGAACUCAUUUACAUUGACAUUGUUGGACUCACUCAAUUUAAGAAAACUCUUGGACCAUCCUGGGUUCAUUAUCAGUGCAUGUUACGAGUGCUAGAUUCAUUUGGGACUGAACCAGAGUUUAACCAUGCUCAUUAUGCCCAGUCUAAAGGCCACAAAACACCAUGGGGAAAAUGGAAUCUUAAUCCACAACAAUUCUACACAAUGUUUCCUCACACCCCAGACAACAGUUUUCUUGGGUUUGUGGUGGAACAGUAUCUGAACUCCAGUGACAUAAAGCACUUCAAUGUCAUCAAACGGCAGAACCAGUCACUUGUUUAUGGCAAAGUUGAUAACUUCUGGAAGGAUAAGAAGUCUUAUUUGGAUAUCAUUCACACCUAUACAGAAGUCCAUGGAACUGUUCAUGGGACAAGUACUGUCUACAUGCCCACAUAUGUGAAGAACCAUGGUAUCUUAAGUGGCCGGGAUUUACAGUUCCUGCUUAGAGAGACCAAACUUUUUGUGGGUCUUGGUUUUCCAUAUGAGGGACCUGCUCCCUUAGAGGCCAUUGCAAAUGGAUGUGCUUUUCUGAAUCCAAAGUUCAGUCCCCCCAAAAGCAGCAAAAACACAGACUUCUUCAGAGGCAAACCAACCCUCCGGGAGUUAACAUCUCAACAUCCCUAUGCUGAAGUUUACAUUGGGAAGCCUCAUGUCUGGACUGUGAACAUCAAUGAUCUUUCUGAAGUUGAGAAGGCAGUGAGAGCCAUUUUGAACCAAAAGAUUGAACCUUACUUACCCUAUGAAUUCAUGUGUGAAGGAAUGCUUCAGAGAAUGAAUGUUUUCAUAGAGAAACAGGAUUUCUGCCAUGGACAAGUAAUGUGGCCGCCAUUAAGUGCUCUCCAAGUUAAAAUUGCUGGCCCUGGGAAAUCGUGUAAGCAGGUUUGUCAAGAAAACCAGCUCAUCUGUGAGCCAUCCUUUUUCCAGCACCUGAACAAGGACAAAGACCUCCUGAAGUACAACAUUGAAUGCCAUACAGUUGAAUCUGCAAAUGAUAUUGUGAUCCCAUCUUUUGAUGAAAAGAAAAAACACUGUGUUUUCCAAGGAGAUCUCUUGCUGUUCAGUUGUGCAGGAUCCCAUCCAAACCACAAAAGGGUCUGCCCUUGUAGAGACUAUCUUAAAGGACAAGUUGCACUUUGUAAAGACUGUCUAUAGCAACAACUUGCAUGACUUGAUUAAGGGACAAGAACGUCCGUGGCUUGGAGAGAGCUACGGCCAUUUCCUGCACUUUGCCCAGUUGAGUCGCUGCAGGCAGAACAACUGUUGAAAAGUGGAGAUCUGUACCAAGAUGGAGCAGAUGAGCUAUUUAAAAAAAAAUCAGUGAUUUAUAUUUUUCUUAUGUGAGCAAUUCUAGUGAAGCUGAUUGAAAUCUCUUAUCUACUAAAGAGAGGAGGUGGCAAAUGAAGUUCAGCGCUUUGUAAGAGUUAAUCAGGAGCUUGGGAUGCAUUGGGGGAUUUUUUUUUUUACCCAACAACUCGACUGGCAGUUUUCUGAAUAAUAUUUCAAUAACAAAAUGAACAAAAAAUAGGCCUGGAAGAGAUUGGACAGCGCAGGAAAAACUGAUACAUAUCCUAAGUGCACUGUUCCUGGGGUUUUGCUGCCCCCUAAUGGCUGGUGCUGUCCCUAUGAACUUGGAUCUACAAGGUGAUGCAGCUACUGAAUUUAUCACCUGGUUGGCUAUUGGUUUCUCUCUUGGCGUCAUAUUUUGCAAAUUAUCAUCCAUAGCAUUUCAGCUGUUCCAAGAUGAUUGAGCAACAGCAUCAUGGACUGGGAGGACUGGUGGCUGCUAGAAUGACAAAUCCUUUUGGCUUGAUAACAGAUUAUAAUUGUGGCCUUCAUCAGGGCUUAAAUGGCCACACAAAUAUAUAUUGUAAAUGGGUUGCUGGUUCUAUAUAAAAUGGUCAGUGCGCUCCUUUCCCUGCUCCCCCAACCUUCUGUCAUAGAAUGGCGCACAGAAAUAAGUGUGAGGAUGUUCAAAGAGAAGUGGUAUCUUUAGAGCAAUUUUAUCUUGACUUUGGUGUAAGACACUGAAAAGGUAACUGAAAGAACCAAGUAUAAAAAAAAGCAGUCGUGACAGAAUGUAUGGUAGGAUGGUGGACUUCCUUGACAUCCAAUGGCUGUUAUAACUUAAUGUGGGAUACACGAAAAAAAUGUUUAUGAAUCAUUGUGGGUCACUGUUCCGAAGUCCUUCUAAUUAACAAAAAACAAGGUGUGGGGAAACAGUCCAUCAUGUUACAAGUUUUAAUUAACCAAGAUCUAUUAAUUAGAUUUUGCUUGCAGAAAGGAGGUCAGCUCUUCCUUUUUUGAAAAAAACAAUUGUAUAGUAAGUUUUAUUUUUAAAAAACAUUUUUGCAGCACAAUUGGCAUUUUAAAUGCACUAUUUGUGAGGGGGAAAGUAGAGAUCAAAUGUUUCAACAUUUGCAGCUGGAUCUGGAAACCACCACAGGUUGAAAAAAAACGUGGUCUUUUUCAGUAUGGCAUCUGAAGGUGAUUUCUAGUUGGAAAUGCACUUAUUUCUGUUCUUUUGUAAUUUCUCUUAAUUCAUUAUUUGGUAUUAUUUUCUGUGGUGAGUACUAAUGUAUCUUUUGACAUACCAAAGACCAUAAGGCAAAACAUUAUUCUCUAACAAAUUAUUAAGGGGUUUCUUUUUUUUUUUUAAGGAAAAGAAAAAAGUUCCAGCAUUCAAUUUUUUUUAAAUCUUGUCUUUAUUUCAAAUGCUUUUCAGUUUGUAAAUAUUGCACUUGUAAAAUCAAUAACUAUUUUAUUAAGUAUUGUGAUGACAAACUUUUAAUAGAAACUGAAUUAUAAAAGAUCGUUUUUUAGAUAUUAUGCAAGAGGCAUAUCAAUAAAUGGUGUGGAUUUUAAAAAUGGUACGAUGAGAAGAAGAAGCAGCUUUUCCCACACUCCAUGUUAGGAGUCACUGCCUUUGAUCUGAGGAAACUUUUGGCUGGUUUUCUGCAACGUUUACACUUCGAUUCUCUCCAUAUAUGUGUGUCGUCUUCUGAAGCAAAUUAAAACUGGCAAUCAACAAAGCACUCCCACUUGUUUCAGCAGUAAAAACAUUAGUAAACACUUGUGCUAAAAACACAUCCUUGGUAAUAAGUUAGUUAAAAAGUUAGUUUUCCUUUAGUAAUAGAAAUCCAACUUCAGUGUAAUAUUUCUUCUCCACUGAAGAGAAUCCAAAAGUUAUAUAAAUUUUGCAGGAAAGUCUGAAGCAGGCUGAACUUACUUUCAGCAUUAACAUAGAUUUUGUAUUCUGAUCAAGCAUUUUUCACGUGCCUAGGUCUAUUUGCAUUGCUUCAUGGAGAAAAUACUUCAUCAGAAUAAGCCCUGAGACAAGGAUAAGGUUUUGCUGGUUUAUUGAUACUUAUCGUAUUUACCGAUAGAUAAUAUCAGUCUUUCCUGGAGUGGGAGGGACAUAGAUGUGCUUAUCCUUCUUUCAUUUGUAGAUUUGUUAAUUAGUUGCUACCUACUGAGUUGUUGUUUUUUUGUGUUGGCAAAAAAUGUUUAGUUGCUACUGGUGGUUAAAAAAAAAGUGAAAAUGUAGUAAGAUGGUAGAACUCGUGAGGUCCUUGUCUGUAGAAAUCUAAUGAUUUCAUUGAGAAUAGGAUUAGACCUUUGGUUCUUCCAAUUAUUUCAGUGCUGGUUGGUGCAACAUUUUCCAAAAAUAAUACAUUUCUGAUCAUGGAAGAGUGAUGGAUCUGUAUGUUUGCCUUAUGGCAAAUGCAGCAUUUGUUUACUGCGGAGCUUUGAAUGAAAUGCUAUCUGAAUUUUCUACUAAUUAUGCUUCAGUCAGUAGAGAUUCCUUGAUGAGUUGUAUUAAAAUGCAAAAGCAAAUGGCUCACUGCAGGCAUAAUGCCGAACUAUGGCUUGAAUGAGCCUAGAUAUUGUUCAUGGUAGUGUAUGCUAUGAGUGUAUGGUGAAAUUCCCUCUCUCCCUGUUUACUGCUACAUACCAGCAAAGUAUGGUUUCCUUCCCGACUUCUUGUUCCAACAAGAGGAGAGGGGGAGGGAUUCUUGUGAUGGGGGAAGAUGGAAAGAAGAGAGAGAGUGUGAGCCAGAGGCUGAUUGUGGUGCCAGCUUGAGGGGUGACAGCGAGGGCAGAGGCUCAAAGGCAUGGAGACCAAAGUUGAAGAUGAAUUUAUUGAUUACAGCUUACAGAAGCAUUGGCACUGCAUGGGGCACAGAUCCCAGGAUCAGCUGACCCACCUGCCAGCCAAUGACCUCCUUGCUGGCCAGACACUUUCAACCCAUUGGCGCAGUCAUUUGGAGCCUUUGUGAGCUGCCCGGGCUAGACAUAGUGGCAGGACCCCUUGCUGCGCCAGCACCGCGCAGCCCACAAACUGGGUCCCCCAGUAAGUCAUGUGGGCUGAUGCUUCACAUAGUGUUAAGCCAAGGUUUGAUAUUAGGUGUGAACUCAGUCAACAGAGCUUUGUGAUAUAACAAGAGUUUUGCAAGCAGGUAGUUUUGUUUUCAAGGUGCCACUUGAAAACUGUACAAUUUUAUAGAAGUGGGCACCACCAUUCUUUCCUCACCUGAGUUAUUCCCUUAAAGAAUGAACACUGGGACCAGAUAUUUCACUUGAGGAUUUUAAGAUCUAAGAGAAGUGGAAUGGCUUAUCUUUUUCUGAUAUAAAAUAUAAACUUUUUUUGCAAAUGUUGGCUUAGGAUACCCUAGGUUUGAAUUUAUGGAUCUCAUUUUAAAAAAUAAAAUAGAAACACACUAGUCACCAGUAGUAAUAUGUCUUGAUAAAUCAAAAUCUUUUAUUUUUCAGGGUGUUUUUCCUUUGUGACCUGAUAUAUUCCAUAAUUUUGCUCCGUAAAAUUACCAAAACUUGAGAAAAACAUUUACAUAAUUUAUAUUUUAAAACUUAACAUUAAAAGGCUUGCCUUUGAAAGAUAAAGAGUGAAUACACUGUUUAUAAAUGCCAAUAAAAACCUCAUUGAUUCAUAUAUGCAAGUUGUUUUGCACAUCUAUAAAUAUUCUUUGAGUGUAUUUCACAUAGUUUUGUUAUGUUUUCUCUUGGUAGUUCAUAGAAGCAGUUGUGUUGCAGAAAGUUUUGGUAUUUGCAUGACAAUGUCAAAACACUUUUUGCUAAUAAUAUUUGUGUGCCUUUUUAAUUUUUUUACUAAUUGUGUUUUGGGACGUGGGCGAUGCCUGAACAACUAUAAUGGAACACUAAUUUGAGGAUUAAGUAAUACUUUAUUUAAAUAAUAAUCAUAUACAUUCUAAAUAAUUUUCUAUUAAGGAUCAACUAAGCUGUUGAAAAACCAAGACUGUUCUCCAACACUUUAACAGAACGGUGCCCACUGAUAUUUGAAAGUUUUGUGUCUAAAUACCACACACUUGUUGCAAGAGGGAGAAUACAUUUGAUUCAUGUCUAGGAGAUUGAUAUGGUUUGUUGCUUAUAAGACGCAGAAUGAAAGGGAACUGUUUAUAUUUUUAGCUUGGUAAAAUGUGAGCUUCAUUGCCUGCACCUUGCAGUAUCUACUGAGAAAGGUGCUUCAGCAUUAGGUUUCCCCCUAUUCUUUUCACCUCUUAUAUUGUCCAAGGACAAUAAAAAUGUGUUUUCCCCCCCCCCUUCUCCUAAGGAUAUGUUGCUCAUGUGCAUAUUCUUUGAGCCUAGUUUAAUUUUUACAACUGUCCGCAUCCAUUAUGUUUCUGCAACAGUUAUACUACUGUUAUAGGACCAGGCCCUUCAUAUAGCUGAAGCAAUAUAGGUGCUUAUGGCAGUUAAGGAUAGGGUUAGAAUAACUUUUCUCACCCCACAAUGUUCCCUGCCACCAGGGGCAUUGGUUUAAGAAGGUUAAUUUUUUUCCUCCUUUUUCUUUUCUUUAUUCUUGCCUUUAUUUGUGUUUCCCUCAACAUUCUGUACCUUCUAGUGUGUAUUCAGUUCUCCUGUGGCUGUUCCUUGGAGGAAGAAACAACUUCCUUGUCUGUGGGUGAUUCCAUUUUGCUACCUGCCAAACACUAAGCAUGAGAGCCAGCUGCUACAUGUUAAAAGUCUAGAAAUAACAUAGAAAAUUUUGGAAAUAAACUUUGAGACCUCUCUGGUGAUGAUAUGGCUAUCUGAAGUAGGUCACACAAAUUGCCUCCAAGAACAAGCAGCAUUUGAGUCCAGUGGCAUCCUAGAGACCAACAAGAUUUUCAAGGUUUG